AGUGGCCGGGCUGGGACUUCGAACCAUCGCGUAAUCAUUAUCAUUGCAGCCGGACCGAACCCGGUCGUCGAGUGCCGUCGAAGAAUCUGGACUAGGGAGUGAAAAGUGAAAACCGUUUCCAACCGAUCCCGACCACAGUUGAACGCACCACGGACGCGCGCAGAGCUUUGAGGACAUUGGCGUGUUUCCGUAAACGCGCGCGUGUGUGCAUCCGCCUCGAUAACGGUUCACAAAAAGGUCACUACUAAUUGCGAAUCAGGAUUUAAACGGGAAUUUGCAAUCGUCUGAAAAGCGCUUUCUGCAAGGCGUUUUGGUCAUAGCACUGCAAACGCGAAGUUCUUCGCUGUGUGUAUCGCAAAUACUUGCAUACCUGCACGCACACACACGCAUACGCACACACUCACCUGUCUACAAAUACAUCCACACAAAAACAAAACGUAUACUAAAAUGGUGAAACGCAAACCACAGGCCAUGAUCGAUUCGGAGAGCAGCAGUGAUUCAGAAUCGGGUUCCGAUCUCGAUUCAGAGCUGCUUUCGUUGGCCAAGAAGAAGAAAACAACCCGUCUAGCGUCGACAUCGCCCAAUCAUGCCAAUCACAACCGUUCCGGGUCUGGUUCGGAUUCCGGUUCCGGAUCCGAUUCCGAUGACGAUGAUGACGACGAUGACGAUGAUGAGGAGGACGAGGAGGAACAAGCGUCCGGGUCGGAAGCGAUGGCAAAACGCAAACGAAAAGGUGGCAAACCAACGUCCUCCUCAGAAUCGGAAAGCGAACGUGACGGUGAGGAUCGCAAACGGGGCAACAACGCACCACAACCUACCGCAGUGAACAACACACUUACGCCCGGUGGAGGAAUAAAACGCAAACAACCUAUCGAUGAGGGCGAUGGUUCCGAACCGGAGGAAGGCCAGGUGUCAUCCGACUCAGAGAAAACCCGCAAAGGCACGACGGGAAAACCUGCAUCCAGCGAAGAUGACUCUAGCGAUGGCAACAGCAGCGACGACAGUAGCAGCAGCAGUAGUAGUAGCAGCGAUUCCGAAUUCAACGAUGGGUACGAUGAAAAUUUGAUGGGCGAUGACGAGGAUCGGGCGCGCCUGAACGGACUGUCCGAGAAGGAGCGUGAAACGGAAAUUUUCAAACGUAUCGAACGGCGUGACGUGAUGAAAACGCGCUGGGAGAUCGAGCGGAAGCUGAAGCUGGCGAAGCGCGCGGAACGAGCCCGAGACAAACAAGCCCAACCGGAACGGAAGAAGAAAAAAAAGGAAAAGAAAAAGGCACAGAAAAAAGCGGCAGCCGCCGCGGCCGCAGCGAAUGCAGAGCGCGAGCGCAAGAAAGCGGCAGCUGCGGCCGUAAUAGCGGCACAAACUGCGGCCGCUAAUGCAGCGGCGGCGGCAGCGACCGCUGCAUCUGUGAAAGCAAUGGGACCUGCAACCAUGGGAGGCGACAUGCCUAACCAAGGCUCAAUGGAUACGUCUGACGUCGGCAGUGUGAUGGUCCGUUCAGAUAGUCCUUCCUCAUCGCCGGAGAAGAAAAGCGAUGAUGUUUCGAGUGCAUCGGAAUACUUCGACCCGAAGGAACGCUCCAAGGAGCGUAAGAAAACGGUCGAAAUGAAUCGUACGGACGACAAACGUAGCAAUGCGAUGGCAAUGCUAAAGGCAAAACGGGAAGGAAAGGCGAAACGUGAAGAGGAGGAGGCGAAACGAGAAGCCCAACGGAAACAAGACGCUAGCCAGCAGGAAGACAAGGAAGAGCUGUCGGAUGUGCCCGGCGGCAAAUCGCAGAUGAAGUUGAAAGCAUCCGACAUAUACUCGGACGAUUCUGGCAGCUCGGAUGAUGAAGACGACGACGCUGGCGGUGCAAACGAACGGGACAAAAAAGCGAGGAGUGAUCGGAGGUCUCGGUCCGGCGGAAGCGGCGAUAGUGGUAGCGGAAGUGACAGUCGUUCGUCUAGCGAUUCCGAGGGCGAAGAAAAGGAGAAAAAAUCAGGAUCUGGGUCGGGGUCGGGCUCGGGAUCGGGAUCCGGGUCCGGAUCUGGAUCGAGCAGUCGCAAACCGGUCGCGAUUAGUUCAAAUGCCGAGCUGAACAAACUGCGAAUCUCGCGCCACAAGCUGGAACGCUUUAUCAACUUGCCCAUCUUCGAGCCGACCGUGUUAAAUUGCUUCGUGCGUAUCAACAUCGGCAACAACCAGGGCAAACCGGUGUACCGUGUGGCGGAGAUUGUCGGUGUAGUAGAGACGGCCAAAAUUUACCAAUUUGGACGCAGUAGAACGAACAAAGGUUUUAAGCUAAAGCAUGGUAGCCAGGAGCGCGUCUUUCGGCUGGAGUUUGUGUCGAACCAGGACUUUUCCGACACGGAGUACCAGAAGUGGCUCACAAUAUGUCAAACAUCCGGCACACCGUUACCGACGGUUGACAUGAUCGAGCGCAAGCAGCGUGACAUUAAGGAAGCGUCACAGUACGAGUUUAAGGAUGCAGAUAUUGACCGGCUAGUGGAGGAGAAGAAUCGAUUCCGAGCCCAUCCGACGAAUUACGCUAUGAAGAAAACGAUCUUGAUGAAGGAGCGUGAUGCAGCCCAACUACGUGGUGAGGACGAUCUGGCACGGGAUCUCAACUCCCAGAUCCAGGAAAUUGAAGAGCGAGCCAGCACGCUGGACAAAAAGCGCAGCAGUAGCAUUAGUUUGAUCUCGUAUAUUAACGAUCGCAACCGAAAGCGUAACGUGGAGGACGCUGAGAAAGCAAUCAUGGAGGAGAAGCGGGCGACGCGUGGUCUUAAAAUUGAAGAUCCGUUCACACGUCGCCAAACGCAACCACGCAUGUCCUUCAAGAAGGACGACAAGCGGGACGACGGGCCUAUGUUGCUGAUGCAAGCUCCUCCACCACCAGGGCAGGCCGGCAAGAAAAAGCUGGAGGAAAAAAAGUCCAAUCAGGGUGGGGGUGGCCAGGCGGACAACAAUCUGUACUCGCUGCAUGAUUUCGACAUCGAUCUGGAAGUUCCUCUGCCAAUAAGCAGCGUGAACGUCCUCCCCAAGCCGGUCGAAAAGCCCGUAAGAGAAUCUGGCCCAAAACGAUCGCUUAACCUGGAGGAUUACAAAAAGAAACGUGGAUUGAUCUAGUUCUGGUGCGACUGGUAUUGAUUGUAUUGUAAGCGAAUAGUGUAAAGCUUCAUUGUAAUUUUCGAUUCAAUGAAGCGAAAGGAGGACUGCUCGGCUUCAAUCUAAUUGUACAUUAUUCUAUGAUUACGUUAAUAACUCCCGAAAGUUGAGUACGUAUGUCGGCAAACGUAAAAACGUAAAGUUAAGAGGGAGAUAUACAGUCAGCACGUUCGAAAAGGUGACCUGGUAGUGGCGCCAGUUUCCCACAAGACAUGAUUGGUACCAAAUCACAUCCAGACAGCGGAUGCGGGCGGUCCCGCCUGCGUAGGAAAAUAAUUGGAACAAGCCGGUAAUGGUAGACAUGACCUAGUAGCAGAUCGUUACGCCAACUAGAUAUUCGAGCAUUAUUAUUGCAUUUUGUGGAAGCCUCUGGAAGCUCUAGAAUAUCUGGUAAAAAUAAUCGGCCGGCAAAUGAAGGAGUUAUCAAUCUACAUAGGAAAUUUGCCCUUAUGGGAAAACGCCUCAGGACAACACUUUGCAAAACUGGGAAUCCAGAAUUUCUCGGAUACUAGUUGAACAGAAUGGCUUGGAAUUUUCAUCAGAUAAUAUUUACACCAGGGCAUUGGGUGUAUUGGACCGAUACAAAUUCCUUUUCGGGCAAAUUUCCCGUACACAGCACUCACUAUCCAGCUAUGGGUAAAUAAAGUCAAAGAAGGUCAAAAAUGGUAGGCCUAGAGCUCUUGUUGUGCCGCUUCAAAAAGCCGUAAAACCUUUUUCCCUUCAGCGCUCCAAAGAAUGGCAAAAAAAAGUUUCAAAAUUACCUCUUGUCCUAGCGUCUGUGUGUAUAUCUCUCCCCUUAAACCGUUUCUUUAUGUUUGUAAGGGUAUUAAUCGCGUGUAUCGGAGAACGCACUAGGAGAUGAAUAGAACUAUAAUUUAUUUAAUGCUUUUAAUCAACCGUCUAUAGCUUAUUUUCAAUCUUUUUAUCCGCUUCCCAUCCUUUUCUCUGGCAUACCUGUUUGUGUAGGCUGCAAGGAUGGGAUUGCAUGUCGAUAACGCAUGUGUUAUGUUUCAUGCUCAGACGCUCAGACCAUUCGGAGACAUAAAACGCUAAUACAGAUGAUGCUAGCAAACAAAAACAAGGAAACUAAGAAUCAGGGGAAUAGUGAACACUCAAGCAAUUGUAGCGAUAAACAUCGCAUGAUGAAACACAUUAUUGUAGCUAUAGGGAAUGAUCAAAUUGUGCAGUUACUAUUAAACUUCUACUAUAGUACAUAUAGUGGUAGCCGCAUUGUAACGGGUAAUAAAGAAUGGAGGCGAACUACAAACAAACUACAGAUAAAAUCGUACGAAAACAUGCAGAAGUUGAACGCCGGUCGAACAAGAAAUGCAUGAUUCUUUUUGAGGUUUAAU